GGAACAACAAGCAGAUCAAAGUGAAACUUCACUCUGAGACAAAAUGGCUUCCAGAUCAGACGAUGAUCUCUGCUGUCCGGUCUGUCUGGAGAUAUUUAAGGAUCCGGUUCUUCUGUCAUGCAGCCACAGCUUCUGUAAGGAGUGUCUGCAGAAAUACUGGAGAGAGAAACCAGGAAGAGAGUGUCCAGUUUGUAAAAGGAGAUCUUCUAAAGAUCUUCCACCUUUUAAUCUGGCUCUGAAGAAUCUGAUUGAAUCUGUAUUACAGCAGAGAGAGCAGAGAGCUUCAGAGGAUCUCUGCAGUCUGCACUCUGAGAAACUCAAACUCUUCUGUCUGGACCAUCAGCAGCCAGUGUGUCUCGUCUGCAGAGAUUCAGAAAAACACACCAAUCACAGAUUCAGACCCAUUGAUGAAGCUGCUCAGCAACACAAGAAGAAGCUUCAGGAAACUCUGGAGCCUUUAAAGGAGAAGCUGAAGCUCAGGAAGAAAGUUCAGGAGGAGUUUGAUCAGACAGCAGAACACAUGAAGGUCCAGGCCCGACACACAGAGAGGCAGAUUAGGGAGCAGUUUAAGCAGCUUCAUCAGUUUCUAGCAGAGGAAGAGGAGGCCAGGCUGGCUGCACUGAGGGAGGAAGAGGAGCAGAAGAGAGGGAUGAUGAAGGAGAAGAUGGAGGCUCUGAGCAGAGAGAUAGCAGCUCUUUCAGACACAGUCAGAGCCACAGAGGAGGAGCUGAGAGCUGAAGACGUCUCAUUCCUGCACAACUACAAGGCUGCAGUGGAAAGAGUCCAGCGCUGCCCCCUGCUGGAGGAUCCACAGCUGCCCUCAGGAGCUCUGAUAGACCAGGCCAAACAUCUGGGCAACCUGGCCUUCAACAUCUGGAGCAACAUGCAGACCAUGGUGACCUACACUCCUCUGGUUCUGGACCCAAACACGGCUAGGUCAGGACUCCAUCUGUCUGAAGAUCUGACCAGUUUGACUAGAGGAGAGAAACAGCAGCUUCCUGAUAAUCCAGAGAGAUUUGAUAAAUAUUACUGUUCUGUUCUGAGUUCUGAUGGUUUUAACUCAGGGAACCACAGCUGGGAUGUUGAUGUUGGAAACAGUAAAGGCUGGAUACUUGGUGUGUUAGAAGAGUCUGUUCAGAGAAAGGGAAUCAUAAAGUCUGGAUGGUUGGUUAUAUAUUUCUAUGAAGGUAAAUAUUCAGCAUAUUCUCCACCAGCUCCUGCCACUCGUUUCUCAGUCCAGAAGAAUCUCCAGAGGAUCAGAGUGAAUCUGGACUGGGACAGAGGAAAGCUGUCCUUCUCUGAUCUGGAUACUAACACACACAUACACACCUUCACACACACCUUCAUUCACAAGAUGUUUCCAUAUUUCACCACUAAUAAAACCUUAAAGAUGGAACCGAUGAAGAUCUCAGUGAUCAAGCAGCAGCUCUGAUGAUCCAAAUCAAAACUUAUUGAUCAGAUUGAAACUGUGAGUUUUAAAGAGGAAACUGGAGAUGAUCUGAUCAUCUGGAGACUCUUCAUCUCUGACUUUCCAACUAUUGAUUCCAUGACAGCAGAAAUUAAUGUCAACAUGUUUAAUUAAUGCGUCUAUUUUUAGCUGCUGAGUGAUAAAACUGAACUACUGAAUGAAUCUGAAAUGACCUUUUCACUUCCUGCUAAGUGUUUAUUAGUGUUGCUUUGACUAUUCCCUGAUCAAUGCUGUGUUUAUACUUUCUAUCAUCACUUUUAUGAUCCAGUAAAUACCAGAAAAUCCUGUGAUAAUAAUCCAAGUCCAUGUUGUCCAUGGUUAAUCCCAGCAGAUUUUAAUCUGGUCUAGAGACUUUCUGUUCAGUUCAGUUCCAAACACUUUGGUUCAUCAGAGCUUCAUAAUCCAGAUUAUCAUCCAGUUUGUUACCAUAAAGGUUUCAGAACAAUGAUAAACUCUGCAUGAUGUUUGUGAAGCAGCAGAAACUGAAUCUUGUUGCAGGAGGGCAGCGUUAAUCUGUCAUUUCUGAUUCUUUAGUCUGACUUUAGUUUUUGUUUGGAAACAAAACAAUCUGUACAAACACACAUUAAUAAUCCAGUAAAGAUCGUAGUGAUGAAGCUGCAGGUCAGAGAGGGAAAGAACAUCAACAGUCUGAUUUUAAAAAUGAAGAAAAGAUGUAAACAUAAAUAAUAACAAUUAUAAAAUGUCUGAAUCGUUCAUGGUACAAAUUAUUAGAAGGUAUAUUUGGUAACAGCUGAAGCCCAACAUGAAGUUUAUCUGAAUUCAAACACGGUUUAGUUUAAAUAUGAAUCAGAGUGAGAGGUCUUUGUUUCUGUUCUAGUCUCUGGAUAUUUUUUCAUGUUUUCUGGGAUCUGACGUGUAAAAAUAUAUGCAGUUUAAUUCAAAUGUAAUUAAAAUGAUCCCAGCAGUUUUGCUGCAAGUUUUCAUUUGUUUUUGUUUUAUGUUAUAUGCUUGGACAUGAUUGAAAUGUAAUAUGUAACAAUGUAUUGUUUAUUUCAUGAUGCAUGACUUUGUGUUUUUGUGUUUAUGAUGUAAAGCACUUUGAAAUGCCUUGCUGCUGAAAUGUGCUAUACUAAUAAAAUUUGAUUUUGAA